UCUAUGUUAAGGAGAUGUGUGAAAUGGUCAAUGUCAGGUAUGAUAGGGUACUUGAGGCGAACGUGAGGGUCAACAAUGAGGAGGAAGAUUCAGUUGAAAGUGACGGUGCAAAUACAGCUGCCAAUGAGGGUAUGUACUUUAGGCUUAAAUUAUUUUUCUCCCAGUAGCAGCUACCUACUAUUCUGCAACCCAAAGCCUAUUGAUGUGUUGCACAUUAAGAUGAAAGCCUGCCACACUUGUUGUUCUGAUUCCCUUGAUCAAGGAAGGAAUCCAAAUACUAACUCAUCAAAUUGUAUGUAGCUAAAUUAAAAAUGAUUACUCAUAGAGAAUAGUUACUGUACGUUUGCUGCUCAGUUCUGAAUUUUUAAAGCAUUGUAGUGUGCUAAAUGUACAUUAUAUUUUAUUGUUGUUAGAUUCUCUGGAAAGUGAUAAUGACAAUCACUCUGAAAGUGCCAGUGAUGGUAAGUAUCUUAUUAUUCUUAUUCUCAGAUUAGGCUACACUACAGCCUCCACCUCACAUUGGUUUUGAGUUGGACAGACUAAAGCCCAUUACUAAUUACAAAUCGAGUGUAUUUAAUCAAUUAUGAGUCCAAAUGAAUGCAAUCUUAUAUCAGAAUGAUGUCAUAAGUGCAUUUGUUGUACUAAAUGUGUUCCUCUAUAUUGCUCUAAGACUCACUUGAACACGAUCCUGAAAAUGACCCGGAAUACACACCUGUCAAUGAAGAUGCUGUUGAUGUUGCUGUUGCUGUUGACCGGGGAAGGUCAAGAAAGAGGGCCAACCCAGACGCUUGGAAGGGUAACAUUCAGAAAAGGAGAAGAAUGAGGGGCCAAUCAUAUCUUGGACGGAAACAUAGAAGAAAGAAAAAUGGAGGGGCGGUGCCUGGCUGAGGCCUGCCGUAAAUCCAGCAAACUACACUGCACCGAAAUCGAUGAAGGGAAGAGGGAAAAAAUAUUCAAGUAUUUUUGGCGGAAAUUGGACUGGAAAGAAAGGAAAAUCUACGUGAAGUCACUGGUGGAGGUGAGUGAUGUCAAGCGGCGCCGGACAGAAGCGGUUCAGUCUCGGAGGUCAGCAUCUCUCUGUUGUUUUUUAUGUGUUGAUGGUAGAAGGCUCAGAGUUUGUCAGCGGAUGUUCCUGUCGACCCUUGGCAUCAAGCAGUGGAGUUUUCUAAAAUGGGUUGGAAGAAGAGAUGAAAGUCCUGAGAAGACGGCAAGAGUGAGGGUGAGGACAGAGGAGCAGGACUUCCUAAAGUCCUUUCUUCUUGAACUGCCGAAAGUACCAUCGCACUACUGUAGGUCCUCCUCUUCCAAGAUGUACCUGGAGCCUUUAUUCAAGUCAAUCAAUCAUCUCCACUCACAAUAUAAGCAGACAUGUGCAGCCAACGGCAUCCAGCCUCUGUCAAGACAAGUGUUCAGUAACACCUUUAAAGAAUUAAAUCUGUCAUUGUUCCAUCCAAAGAAAGAUCAGUGUGACACUUGCUGUGCCUUCAAAGCCGGGAACAUCGAGGCUGCUGUGUGGGAGGAACACUGCGUUAAGAAGGACGAGGCACGAGCAGAAAAGGAGAGGGACAAACAACUUGCAAAUAACACCACCUUGGUUGCAUGCAUGGAUCUGCAGGGCCUUCUCCUCUGCCCAAAGCUUCAAGCGUCUGCCCUCUACUUCAAAAUGAAGCUUGGUGUCCAUAAUUUUACCAUCUACAAUAUGGCAUCACAUGAAGCGACAAAUUACCUUUGGCAUGAGGUUGAGGGGGGGGUCUCUGCCAAUGAGUUUGCCUCCUGCAUUGUGGACUAUCUUGAAACACACCUCACUUACACUGAAUUCAUUCUUUGGAGUGAUGGGUGUGGUUAUCAAAACCGAAACCUGGUCCUGAGCAAUGCCCUCUUAAAGUUUGCCACUGAAAGAAAAAAGCAAGUGACGCAGAAGUACCUUCAAAGAGGCCACACACAGAUGGAAUGUGACUCUGUGCACAGUGUGAUCGAAAGAAAGUUAAGGAACCGAGAUGUACAUGUUCCAGCUGAGUAUGCUGCAGUCAUUCGGGGAGCUCGUUCAAGUCCAAAACCAUACGAGCUGAAGUAUGUUGAUUACAGCUUUUUCCAAGACUUCAGCAAAGUGAAAAUCUGCAAGUCAAUUCGACCUGGUAGCAAAGCAGGCGAUCCUACGGUGCAUGACCUCCGAGCAGUCAGAUACAAUGUGGACGGCAGUAUGGAGUUCAAAUUACUCCACUCCGACAACUGGCAACCCUUCACAUCCCCAUCCCUGAGGAAGGCGUGUGUCAGCGUGGCCCCACUCUAUACAUCCCCCCAGAAAAUUAAAGCACUGAAGUUCAAGCACCUUCAAGAACUGAAACAUGUCUUACCGAAGGACUUUCAUCCAUUUUAUGAUGCACUUGACCAUGAGUGAUGGUCAGCUCAAAUAGCACAAACAAU